CGUAUGGGCCAAAGCCACGCCCAUUUAAAACAGCUUUAUGCUAAUCGCUAUUCUAUUUGUUUAUUUUUUUCAGUGGUUUGAACUAGACGUCAUCGACGCCCUCUUGCUUUACGGAGUAGAAUUACAACAGAACGUGUCAGGGCAAGUUCAAGUACUGAGCAAUACAUUUAUAUCCAAACUGUCCUAAAACACAUCUUUAAAUCCUAUAAUGUAAAUAAAUAUAUUUAUUACGUUUUCUAAACAACGUCUACAUCAAAAUACACCCCUAAAUAAUUUACAAACUGAAAGAGUGUAUAAAUAUUUCAGUACAAGUCAUCAGAUACCUGAGCCACAUGAAACUUCCAGGAGAAUGUCGUUAAGAGAGCUAAACAAGAGUUUUAUUUGAUGCUGAAAGAAAUAUAGUCGGAUAAACUUUGAAAAUGACUCAAGUGCAUGUGUUUGAGAUUAUUUGGGAGGCCUACCAGGCACAAGACUCAGUUUUGCAGCCUUUGUGGGACUACAUGCGACUCAACCACUCUGAAACUCUCCGGUCUCCUCUCUUUCCUGUGAUUUUGACCGUAGCAUCGUAUUUUGUUCUUUGCGUACCCUACCUAGUCUGCGACAUGGUGGGAAAGAAGUGGCCAGCUAUUUACCAGUACAAGAUUCAACCCAACAAGCUGCCCACAACUGCAAUGCUCCUUCACUGCAGUGGAGUUACUCUUUAUAAUCACCUACUUCUGGUGUUUCCUGCAGCAGUGGCGCAGUGGUUGUGGAGACCUCCUGUUCCUCUGCCUGAACAAGCACCUACAUUGCUUGAACUUGUAGGUGGGGUGACUGGAAACCUUCUUCUCUUUGACUUACAGUAUUUCAUCUGGCACUUUUUGCAUCACAAGAUCCGCUGGCUGUAUGUGACUUUCCAUGCCAUCCACCAUAAUUACUCUGCCCCCUUUGCUCUGGCCACACAGUGCCUCGGCGGGUGGGAGUUGGUCACGGUGGGCUUCUGGACCACGCUCAACCCUGUCCUGCUGAGGUGUCAUCUGCUCACCACCUGGAUGUUCAUGGUGGUCCACGUGUAUGUAUCAGUGGAAGACCACUGCGGAUAUGAUUUCCCUUGGUCCACGUCUCGUCUGAUCCCAUUUGGUGUUUAUGGAGGUCCGAGCAUGCAUGAUGUGCAUCACCAGAAACCUAAUACUAACUUUGCACCCCAUUUUAGUCACUGGGAUAAACUGUUCGGCACUCAUGCUGAUUUUAGUUUUGCUAAAACUCAGUGAUGAGCAUGCAUGCAAAUGUAUUUUAAAAGUGCAUGUUUGUUUGCUUCAGGCAGAACUUUUGGAAUCGACUUUAUUUGUAUACAGACAGUGCAACAAGAAGGAUUUAAGCACAAAUAAACUAAAAUCGAUGCAAUGUACAUACACUGCAGAUGAUUUUAAACCAUCAUUAUAAAAUAACUUAAAUCUUAAAAUAUUCCAAAGUUGUAACCAUUU